AUGUUUUUUAAAGUAAAGCCCUCUGAACAAUUCCCAACUGCUCCUGCUAGCCCAGUAUUAAUCCCCUCUGAAGAGUCUUCUGUCCCCGAGGUAGCUCUUGAAGAAAUCAGAAAAGUAUUAUAUUUUGGUUUUUGUGGAUUCUUAUCUACUGCAGUGAUCUCACUGGCAGUGCUUCAAGUGAAUGUUAAUGCUAUAUGUGAUAGGAAUCUCGAUGAAGUAAAUGCUGUUUCUGCAUUGUUAUCGCUUGUUAUGGCCACUGUAUGUUCUAUAUUAUCUUUUUUCCCAAUUCAAACAGCAGCGAUUACUAGAGCAUUCAAAUAUGGUGAAAUACCUCUUUAUGAAAAGUCACAUAUAUGUCAGUGGGCCGGUAUUACUGCUCUAAUAUUAUUACCUCUAUUUCUUGUUGUUCAAGACGUUGGUGGAUUUAUAUCAAUUGCCGAAAGUAAUACGUGUAAAUAUACAGCUCCAGGAUUAUUUAUUGGUAAGUGGUCACCUAUAAAAUUUUAA